CCGUAUUUCUCUUUCAUUCAUUCAUUCAUUCAUUCACAGAGCCUAUAUUUCAUACAAUCCACCCCACGUCUUCCUGUGGAUGGAUCAACCAUGUUCUCUCCAAGGAAAACACUUCUGAUUACAAUCUUCACCCUUUUGUGUUCUUUUUCAAUCAAUGCGGAUGACGACGACGAGAAGACAUCUUCAGGGCCGGUCGCUUACGACACCAGGUCGUUGAUCAUCAAUGGGAAAAGAGAGCUUCUUUUCUCUGGCUCCAUCCAUUACACACGCAGCACGGCAGCUAUGUGGCCCAAACUCAUUUCAAUGGCUAAGAAAGGAGGUCUGAAUGCGAUUCAGACUUACGUCUUCUGGAACGCUCAUGAGCCGGAGGAAGGCAAGUACGUUUUUGAUGGAGACUAUGACUUGGUGAAGUUCAUCAAGUUGAUUGCAGAGCAUAACAUGUAUGUUAUUCUCAGGGUUGGGCCAUUCAUCCAGGCUGAAUGGAACCACGGGGGUUUUCCCUAUUGGAUGAGAGAGGUACCAAACAUCACUUUCCGUACAGAUAAUGAGCCAUACAAGAAACACAUGGAAAAGUAUGUUAGGAUGGUAAUCGAUAAAAUGAAGGAGGAGAAGUUGUUUGCUCCACAAGGAGGCCCCAUUAUCUUAGCACAGAUUGAAAAUGAGUACAACACCAUCCAACUUGCAUUCAAAGAAGCAGGAACCAAUUACGUGCAAUGGGCAGGAAACUUGGCUCUUGGGUUGAACGUAGGUGUCCCUUGGAUUAUGUGCAAACAGAAAGAUGCUCCUGGUCCCAUUAUCAAUACAUGCAACGGAAGACAUUGUGGAGAUACUUUCACUGGUCCAAACAAACCCAACAAGCCUUCAUUAUGGACUGAGAACUGGACAGCACAGUUUAGAGUUUUUGGUGAUCCACCGUCUCAGAGAUCAGCAGAAGAUAUUGCAUAUGCUGUUGCUCGCUUCUUCUCUAAAAGUGGAAGUCUAACCAACUACUAUAUGUACCAUGGUGGCACAAAUUUUGGUAGAACAAGCUCAUCCUUCACAUCAACUCGCUAUUACGACGAAGCACCUCUUGAUGAAUAUGGUUUGCCAAGGGACCCAAAAUGGGGACACCUCAGGGACUUGCACAGGGCACUAAAGUUGUGCAAGAAGCCUCUGCUUUGGGGAACUCCUUCUGUCCAAAAGUUGGGUCCAGAGAUUGAGGCUCGUGUCUGGGACUUUAAUAAUGAUUGUACAGCUUUCUUGACAAACAACGACACUAAGAAAGGGCAAAGUGUCAAUUUCAGGGGCCAGGAUCAUUUCCUGCCCCCUCGUUCAAUUAGCAUCCUCCCGGACUGCAAGACCGUUGUUUUCAAUACUCAGACGAUCGUUGCACAACAUAAUGCAAGAAACUUUGUGCGAUCUGAGGUUGCAAACGAGAAGCUAAAAUGGAAAAUCUACAAGGACAAGAUUCCAUCCCAGUUUCCAUUAUUGUCCAAGGAACCAUUUGAGCUCUACAGCUUGACUAAAGAUACCUCAGACUACGCAUGGUACUCAACACUCAUUGAACUGAACCAACACGACUUACCAAUGAAGAAAGGCAUUCUUCCAGUUAUACGGAUUGCAAGUCUUGGCCAUGGAUUACUUUGUUUUGUAAAUGGUGAAUAUAUAGGAUCUGCACAUGGAAGCAAAGUUGAGAAGAGCUUUGUCUUCCAGAAAGCUAUACCCUUGCAUGCUGGAGGCAACCAUAUAGCCAUUUUGGCCUAUGUUAUCGGACUCCCGGAUAGCGGACCAUACAUGGAACGUCGAUUUGCUGGGCCUCGUUCUGUGACAAUUCUUGGUCUAAACACAGGAACACUUGACCUGACAGUCAACGGUUGGGGACAUCAGGUUGGAUUGGAAGGGGAAAAGAAUAAGAUUUACACAAAAGAAGGGUCAAAAAAAGUACAGUGGACAAAAGCUCCACCUACUCAAGAGGAUGCUCUAACAUGGUACAAGGCAAAGUUUGAUGCCCCUGAAGGAGACAACCCUGUUGCCAUUCGGAUGACUGGAAUGGGCAAGGGUAUGAUCUGGAUUAAUGGGCAAAGCAUUGGACGACAUUGGACAUCUUACCUUUCUCCUCUUCUGCAACCUACUCAAUCUGAGUUUCACAUCCCAAGAUCCUACAUGAAGCCACAGGGCAAUCUCAUUGUUGUUUUUGAGGAGGAGCCAGGUAGUAAUAUCACGAGCACUGAAAUUCUAACUGUCGACAGAGACACAAUCUGCGGUCACUCAACUGAACACCACCCACCAUCAGUAAAGGCAUUUGCAAGAAAGGGUAGCCAGCUUGUCGUCCCUGAAAAGGAAGAUGCAAAACCAAGUGCUAGCUUGACUUGUCCAGACAACAAAGAGAUAGCUGUUGUAGAGUUUGCAGACUUUGGAGAUCCUUGGGGUGCCUGUGGAAGCUACUUUCCUGGAAAUUGCACCUCUCCAGUUACCAAAGGGAUUGUUGAAAAGUAUUGCCUUGGGAAAACUAGCUGCACAGUGCCUAUGGAUGAAGAUGUUUUUGACAAGAACAUGUCCUGCUCAGACCCAGCCCUGAAGAAGAUGUUAGUUAUCCAAGUCAAGUGUGCUCAGAAAAAGUCAAGAACCAUGAUUUCUUCAAAUAAUUGAGAGUUCAUAGAGACUUUCUUAGCAGUCUAUAUGUUCAAACUCUUAGUUUUUCUAUCUUCUUUUCUCUUCUUUUUUUUUUCAUCUUAUUGUUCAAAAUUUUUUUUUUUAUUUUUUUGUGAUAAUCUCCUGAACCAUAAACAUGAAAUAGGUUGUGCUCUCUAAUCUUUACUAAGUGAAUUGUAAUUCUUUUUUUUUUCUUUUUUUUUUUAGUUUCUAAUCCGAACAGACAUUGUUUUAAAAAUCCAUACCUUUUACUGUUAUUUUCUCCUCCCCUAAAACAAAAAAUAAAAUAAAAGUCUAAUCUUUUA